AUGAUCCUCCCGAAAGACAAGAAAUUUGUGGUUGUUGGGGCCGGGUGUUUUGGGGUAUCCACUGCGUACCAUCUCCUGCAGCGGGGAUACACGGACGUCAGUAUUCUUGACCGAUCGACCACCUUGCCUGCCCCCGAUGCGGCGAGCAACGAUUUUAAUCGCAUCGUCAGAAGCUCGUACUCGGACAAGUUCUAUACUGAGCUCGCGCGUGAAGCUAUUUCGUCAUGGAAGGACCGCGAAAAAUGGGGUGACACUUAUCAUGAAUCCGGAGUCCUCGUUUUGGGCCUGACGAAUGGCUCGUCAGGAGGGACGUAUAUCGACGAGGCGUACAGGAACGACGUCGCGUUAGGGGCGAAGAUCGCCUCCUUGGGCAACGGGAGUGCCAUUCGUGCCGUCUUCCCACCUGAUGCAUGCGCCUGCACAAACCCGUCGGUAUUCAAUGAACACUGUUCUGCGUACAUCAACCGCGACGGCGGCUGGGCGAAUGCCGCCCAAGGAGUGUCUAGAUUGCUCGAACAUGUUACCGCGUUGAAGGGCAGGAUCUUUCCUGGAAAGACCGUGAAGAAGCUGCUUCGGCAGAACGGCAAGACCACAGGAGUCGAGUGCAGCGAUGGCACCGUGUUUGAGGCAGACCUUGUCAUUAUCGCGACCGGUUCAUGGACGCCUUCUGCUUUCCCUGAUUUAGAUUUGGGGCGUAUAUGCUUUGCUACGGGGCAAUGUGUGGCAAUGGUCCAACUUUCCGAAAAGGAGGGCGAUGAUUACAGAGACUGUCCAGUUGUUCUUGACUUCAACUCGGGUUUUUAUGUCUUCCCUCCUAAUGAGAAGAACAUAGUCAAGAUGGCUAUCCACUGCGCGGGGUACACUCACUUCAACGAAGCAAAUGGGUCCAUCUCUACCCCACGCACGGUGGCGUCUGACCCAGCUGAUGGGUUGCGUAUUCCGAAAUCCAACCUCCAGGAUCUUCGAGCGAACUUCAGAAAUGUGUAUCCGGAUCUUGCUGAGAAACCGUUUGUCGCUACUAGGCUUUGCUGGUACAAUGACACCCCUGAUGAGGAUUGGGCCAUUGGGAAACACCCGAUGGACGAUGCUGUUAUCCUGGCUACGGGUGAUAGUGGCCAUGCAUACAAGUUCUUGCCGAUAAUUGGACGACUUGUGGCGGACCUUGUCGAGGAUAAACUCGACCAGAAGGUCGUCGAAAAAUUCGCCGUUGAUCGAGAGGUCGCGAAGGCAGGCGCUUCGCGCACAGGUCAAGCAGUACCAUUGGAUCUGAAGGAGUUGUAUAGUCCCGAAGACUUGCUGUAG